AUGGCCCCAAGUCCCCAAAACCUGGGACUUCUCCUUGUCUACUUUCUAUCUUUCCUCUUCGGUCUCCCUGCCAACCUCCUGGCGCUGCAGGCCUUCGUGGGGCGUGUGCGCCGGCCCCACCCGGCACCCAUCCACAUCCUCCUCCUCAGCCUGACGUUGGCCGACCUCCUGCUGCUGCUGCUGCUGCCCUUCAAGAUGGUUGAGGCUGCGCAUAAUUUCGCCUGGCCCCUGGGGAACACGCUCUGUGCCCUCACUGGUUUCGGCUUCUACUGCAGCAUCUACUGCAGCACGUGGCUGCUGGUGGGCAUCAGCGUGGAGCGCUACCGCAGCGUGGCUUUCCCCGUGCAGUACAAGCUGAACCGCCGGCCCGUGUACGGAGUGGUCGCUGCCGUGGCCAUCUGGCUCUUGUCCUUCGGACACUGUAGCAUUGUCAUCAUUGUCCAGUACUUACCAACCAACUCGUCGAGCGAGGCCAACAGCCGCCCUGUCUGCUAUGACAACUUCACCCAAGAGCAGCUGCGCGUGGUGCUUCCGGUGCGGCUGGAACUGUGCCUCCUCCUCUUUUUCAUCCCCAUGGGGGUCACCAUCUUUUGUUACUGGCGUUUGGUGCGAAUCGUUCUCUCCCAGCCGCAAGUGCCGACCCGGAAGCGCUGGAGAGCCGUGGCGCUGGUUGUUGCGACGCUGUUCAAUUUCCUGGUCUGUUUCGGGCCCUACAAUGUGUCUCACGUGGUGGGGUUCUUCCGUAAGACCAGCGAAAGGUGGCGGGUCUGCGCCGUGAUGCUCAGCGCUCUCAAUGCCUGCAUCGACCCUUUGAUUUUCUAUUUCUCCUCCUCAGCUGUGCGCAGAGCCUUUGAUGAAAGUCUACAGAGGCUGCGGAGCGGGGGCGCCUCCCUGGCAGGGUACUGGAGGAGGCGAGCCGGACAGCCAGCUGCAGAGAAAGGAAACGGGAGCUUAGGUGUGGCCCUAUGA